GGGCAACCAUGGCCCAUUACGUCUGUAGAUAUAUUCAUGUCUAAACAUAUAUAUGUACCCUAUUCUAAAGAUUUUCAAUUUUUUGGUAAUCAUUUUUCUGCCAAACCCCCUCUUCAUCAAAAUCAUCAAAAACCAACAAUCACAUCUUGAUUUUUACCAUUUUAUUCAGGUGGAGGACCCCAAGCUGUUAAAAUUUUUUGUCCAUAUAUUCAGUGAUAUCAGUUUCUCUCCUCUUUAGGGUUUUUUCUGAUUAAAGUUAAAACCUGUAUAUAUAUAUAUAUAUAUAUACACACUCAUUUCUAUAUAUAUAGAAAUGGAGAAGGAAGAGAACUACUCGGUACAAUAUACAGUUCUCUCUUUCAUUAGCUAUAGUUUAUAUAUAUCACAUCCAAAAUUUGUUCGUUUCUGUUUUUGAUAAAUCUUUUCAUCAUACCAUAUCCACCAUAUGUUGUUUUGCUCUGAACUUAGUUUCUUGCAGGCUUCUAUGCCGCCUAAUAAUUUCACCGCCUUGGAUUACACCAUAGAUCUUCAUAAUCCUCAUCACCAUCACCAUCAUCAGCACUUCUUGUUGAAAUCUCAUGUCGGUGAAACCACUAAUUCCGGAGAUAACAACAGCAACAAUGAUUGUAUGGUCGGUUACAUGCUAAGCAAUCCUCAACAACAGCAACAGCAGCAGCAGCAGCAAUUUUGCGGUUCAUCUUCUUUAGAUAAACUGAGCUUCGCGGAUGUGAUGCAGUUCGCGGAUUUCGGACCCAAAUUGGCUUUGAAUCAGACCAAGAUCUCCGAUGUAGAAUCCGGGAUGGACCCGGUUUACAGCUUCCUUAAGUUUCCGGUUUUGAAUGAUAAGUUUGAGGAUCAGUCUCUGCAGGUUGCUCAACAGUCUGAUCAGGAAGAGAGAUUUAAAGCGGUGAGUGGGAAAGAUAAUAUAGUUUUAGGGGAUAUAGAAGAAGGAGCUGGUGGAGAAGACGAUGAAGCUCGGGUGGGGAAUACUACUGCUAAUGCUUCGCUUCAGCAGCUUCAGUUUCUUGGUGAAGAUCCUACUCAGAUUAAGAACCCUAGUUCAGAAACCAAGAACAAGAGAAAAAGACCAAGAACUAUCAAGACCAGUGAAGAAGUUGAGAGCCAAAGGAUGACUCAUAUCGCCGUGGAAAGGAAUCGAAGAAAGCAAAUGAAUGAGCAUCUCAGAGUUCUUAGGUCACUCAUGCCUGGUUCAUAUGUACAAAGGGGAGAUCAAGCUUCAAUAAUUGGUGGAGCAAUAGAGUUUGUGAGGGAACUAGAACAGCUGCUUCAGUGUUUGGAAUCACAGAAAAGGAGAAGAAUUAUGGGAGAAGCUCAAAGACAAGUAGGAGAUAAUUCAGCAAAUAUUGCACUUCCACAACAACAUACUCAACAGCAACAACAAACAGCUUUUCCUCCUUUGCAGACAAUUCCAACUGAUCAAAUCAGAUUCGUAGAUUUCGAAACCGGUCUCACGGAAGAGACUGCAGAGAAAAAAUCUGUGUUGGCGGAUGUAGAAGUGAAGCUUUUAGGGUUUGACGCAAUGAUCAAGAUUCUAUCUCGGAGAAGACCAGGUCAACUCAUAAAGACUAUAGCUGCUUUAGAAGAUUUGCAGUUCAAUAUCCUUCAUACCAAUAUCACCACCAUUGAACAAACUGUUCUAUAUUCCUUUAAUGUCAAGAUUGGAAGUGAAUCGAGGUUCACGGCUGAAGAUAUAGCGACCUCGGUUCAGCAGAUAUUCAGUUUCAUCCAUGCAAACAGCAGCAUUUAAUGUAUUCUCCCAUUGAAAAAAAAAAUAAAAAUCAAAGACAUAUAUAUCAUCAGCUGGAUUUGUUUCUUUCAUCAUUUUAUGCCCAUUUGGAUAUUGUCAAAAUUUGUGGAUUAAUAAUCUCUCUCUCUCUUUUAUUUUUA